GAAACAGAUGCCCUUCAAAUAUGAAAGCUAUGAAGAGAUUUGCCAUUUUAACAUUUGUAUUUAGAACAGUUUUAGUUGUAACACGAGAGAUUAAUCUGAAAAUGGAAAUUAGGAGGUCAUUUCCAAUUUUACGGAAUUAUACUGUGAUCAGGUCACCGUAUCUCAAAUAUUCAAACAAUUUCAUGGAGACUAAUUUUUCAGCAUUUGGUCAAAAUAUAUGUCUAAAAUUAAGAGAAGAUACUUCAGUUGAAAUGUCUUCAGCACAUGUAAUAGUAAAUGGAAAUGUAUUACCAAAAGUACAAUCUGAUAUAAUAAUGAAAGGAGCAACGCUAGUGAAAGGAUAUGAUGCAAAUGCUCCACAAGUUUCGUUCGCAUUUGGAAAAAUUCAGAAUGACAAAUAUGACGGAUAUGUUUCCUAUAAACAUGAUGUACUUUUUGUCGAACCAUUGGAAAAAUACCUGCAUGUGGUUGACAAAUCCAUCGUUUACAGAAAAUCUGAUGUCAAAGAGGAUUAUCCCUCCCGUAUUGAUUUCCUUGACCCCCCUUAUGCUGAAGGACAGACGACGCGACAUCUGAAAACCAGCAUAAAAACAAACGGUGCAAAUGUUUUCCAUAGACAGAGCUCACAUUUUAUAACUAAGCGAUCUUCGCAGCCUUCUGCGAGAUCAUGUUCUUUGCAUGUUGUAGCCGAUCCUGACUUUUAUAAAAACAUAGGUGGUUCUUCUUUAUCAAAAACAAUAUCCGAGAUGCGAUACCAGGUUGCCCAAGCAGACAUGAUUUUCCGAAGUACUGACUUUGAUGGAAAUGGCUAUGGUGACAAUAUAGGCUUUGAAAUAUCUAACAUAACUGUUAUUACUGAUUCCAGCUACAGUGAAUACCACAUGGCUGAUCCAAAUUUAAGUGUCUACGACUACCUCUAUGCAUUUUCAGAAUAUGACUUGGAUCCAUACUGCUUAGGAGUAGCUUUUACUUAUCGUGAGUUCGACAAUGGUGUUGUAGGUCUCGCUUGGACAGCUAGUUCCAGUAUAUACGGGGCUGUUGGUGGGCUUUGUCAAGGGCGGACUAUGUACAAUGGCAAGAUGUACAGCUUCAACUCUGCUCUAGUUACUAUGCUCAAUUAUGGCAAACGUCUGACAAGUUACAAAUCUUCACUCGUAUUGACGCAUGAAUUUGGUCAUAAUUUUGGAAGCCCACACGAUCCUGACAGUGAUCCUUCUUGUACGUCGACCACCUACGGCAAUUUCAUCAUGUAUCCAUUCGCUAGUACUGGAUCGAAACCAAAUGAAAAGAAAUUUUCGCCAUGUAGCACAAAUGUAAUGUAUCCUGUUAUCGUAAACAAAGGAUCUUGCCUUGCUGAUAGAACCAUUCCGUCUUGUGGAAAUGGUAUUAUUGAGCAAGGUGAAGAAUGUGACUGCGGUACGUCUUUCUCCUGUGUGUACACCGAUAAAUGUUGUACACCAUCCGACGUCACAAACUCUUUGGAUCCGCCGUGUACCUUCAGGAGAUCGGAAGGCAAAGUGUGCUCACCGAAAACUGGAAUCUGUUGUGAACAGGACUGUACCAUUACGCCAGUAAGUGCGAGCAAGCAGUGUGGUUUCUCAUCCGAGUGUCGCCAAACUGCCGUCUGCGAUGGAAGUAAUCCCAAGUGUCCAUCCCCUACACUUAAACCGGACAAUACUUCAUGUGAAUCGGACAGGAAAUUUUGUUAUAAUGGGACGUGCACAAAGAGUGCAUGUGAAAGAAAAAACCUUGUAGAAUGCCAAUGUACAAAUAACUUUCAGGAUGCUUGUAAACUAUGUUGCAAAUCUCUGAAUGCUACCGUUUGUAGACCGGCCAACGAAUUAGGAAUCCUUUCAACCACAGGGAAAACCAUAUUAUUGGCAUCCGGAACACCCUGUAAUAAUUUCAGAGGGUUCUGCAACUCACAACGCAUGUGCAUAUCUGAAGAUCCCAAUGAUGUCAUUGAAAGGUUAAAGAAUGCGUUCAGCUCACAAGUUAGGCACGACAUUGGAGUGUGGAUGAAGAACAGCUGGUACUAUGUUUUCUUUGGAUUUCUGAGUUUGACUAUGCUGAUUAUUCUAUUCAUCGGUUGCAGAAAGAAACAAGAAAACGUUCAAGGUCGUGCAUAUCGACAAGGACGAUUUGAGCAGGUGAUGGCACAAGCAAGGAUAGAAAAAGAAAAACAAGAAAAGAAAAUGUCUGUGAUGGCGGCUUUAUUUGACAAGAAGAUUGGGAAAAUAAAACAUGGCCACGAGCGUCUGGAAUACACAUAUGCUGUAGUUCGACUCUCCAUCUUCUUCCCGACAGCGACAAAGACACUGAUUCAGGAGACGUUGGCCAGGUGUACCUCCGAGGAUGUGGCGGUACGACACCUAUUGAUCAGUGGUUAUCCAAUGAGGAGAAUGAUAUAUACCCACGACAUUGAAUGACUACAUAAAUUCUUAUUUAACGUUGUCCUUUUAAUCACUUAUAACAAUAUAACAAUAUACAUAGAAACUUACGAACAACUUGCUUCAUUGUAAACUCAAAAUCAUCUGUAGAAUUUUUUUUUUAUAAUAUUAGGAAGUUUAAUUGCAAUUCAGAAUUAAGUGCAUACA